CGCAGUGAAGCGUUGGACAAGCAAUCAAAAAUAAGAAUGGUAUCUUCUCCCGGGAUGGGGCGCUCAGCCCAUCUUGUUUAUGCUCUUGGUUUUGCUAUCAUGGCAACAAUGGUUGCUGCUUCUUAUGAGCCUUACAUGUAUAGUUCUCCCCCACCACCAGUUUACGAUUCUCCAGCACCAAAGGUUGACUAUAAGUCUCCACCACCUCCUUACGUUUACAGUUCUCCACCUCCACCAUCAUAUUCACCAUCACCCAAGGUAGAUUACAAAUCUCCUCCACCGCCUUACGUCUACAGUUCUCCACCCCCACCUCCAUACGUUUACAGUUCACCACCACCACCACCAUACUAUUCACCUUCUCCUAAAGUUGAGUAUAAAUCACCGCCACCUCCUUACGUUUAUAGUUCACCACCCCCACCCACAUAUUCACCAUCACCAAAGGUAGAUUACAAAUCUCCUCCACCGCCUUACGUCUAUAGUUCUCCACCCCCACCCCCAUAUGUUUAUAGCUCUCCACCACCACCACCAUACUAUUCACCUUCUCCUAAAGUUGACUACAAAUCACCACCACCCCCUUACGUUUAUAGUUCCCCACCACCACCAUACUACUCACCUUCACCUAAAGUAGAUUACAAGUCUCCACCACCACUAUAUGUUUACAGUUCUCCACCCCCACCAUACUACUCGCCUUCUCCAAAACCUGCAUAUAAAUCUCCACCACCACAAUACGUCUACAACUCUCCACCGCCACCAUACUACUCUCCAGCUCCUAAAGUAUCAUACAAAUCCCCACCACCACCAUACGUCUAUAGCUCCCCACCACCACCAUACUACUCCCCUACUCCUAAGCCCACAUACAAAUCUCCACCACCACCAUACGUCUACAGCUCCCCACCACCACCAUACUACUCUCCAGCUCCUAAGGUCGUAUACAAAUCCCCACCACCACCAUACGUGUACAACUCCCCACCACCACCAUACUACUCUCCAGCUCCUAAGGUUACAUACAAAUCCCCACCACCACCAUACGUGUACAGCUCUCCACCGCCACCAUACUACUCCCCAGCUCCUAAGCCCGCGUACAAAUCUCCACCACCACCAUACGUCUAUAGUUCCCCACCGCCACCAUAUUAUUCUCCAGCUCCCAAGCCCGCAUACAAAUCUCCACCACCACCAUACGUCUACAGCUCUCCACCACCACCAUACUACUCUCCAGCUCCUAAGGUGGCAUACAAAUCUCCACCACCACCAUACGUCUCUCCAGCUCCUAAGGUGGCAUACAAAUCUCCACCACCACCAUACGUCUACAGUUCUCCACCACCACCAUACUACUCCCCAACUCCUAAGGUCGCAUACAAAUCCCCACCGCCACCAUAUGUCUACAGCUCCCCACCACCACCAUACUACUCUCCAGCUCCUAAGAUUGCAUACAAAUCUCCACCACCACCAUACGUCUACAACUCCUCACCACCACCUUAUUACUCGCCUUCUCCAAAGGUUGAGUACAAAUCUCCUCCACCUCCAUAUGUUUACAACUCUCCACCUCCACCAUCAUACUCUCCAUCUCCAAAGGUUGAGUACAAAUCUCCUCCACCACCAUCAUACAGUCCUUCUCCAAAGGCUGAAUACAAAUCUCCUCCCCCACCCGCAUAUUACUAAAUUGUUAUGAACUCAUAAAUAAGAUAUCAACUCUCAUUUGAUGUCCAGUCUUUUGUAUUCCUCUUGGACUAGUCUCUUUUAUUUGAUGUGAAAUAAAUUCUUUUGUAAUUGAAAUUUCAUUUGGAUUUAUGUUUGUUUUUAUUUCUAUUCUGUAAGAGUUGUGUCAGUCUUGAUAUGUAUAUGUUACAAUUCUAUAUGUUGUUCAUUUA